AUGGCUUCUUCUUCCUAUUGUUUUGCCUUCGUUUCUGUAGCACUUCUGUUACAACUUGUCUUAGGCUCUGCUUUGGCCUCAAAUUCCACAAAAUACAUCGACGACAUAUGCGAGCAUGUCAGCAACAAAACCUUCUGCGUUGAAACUUUGAAAGCCUAUCCUCCGGCGGUUUCUGCCACCGGCAAGUUUGAACUAGCUAAGGCCGUGCUCCGCCUCGGCACAUCCUACGCCCUAAAAUCAGCUAGUUUCAUUGAAAAUGCGGCAAAGUAUAACCCGAACCUGAAGAAGCAGUUCAAGGCGUGUCAAGAUGCCUACUUGAGCGUUGUAAAUUCUCUCAAGAUCGUUUCCUCGGAACUCAAGGAAUCGCCGGAAACUGCAAACUAUGAUGUCAUGGUUUGUACCGACAGCACGAGCAUGGUGAAGGAUUUGGUCGGGAAUAAUACACAUGUGGCAGCCAAGAAAGUCAUGGCGAUGACAUUCAAGAUGGAGAACCUUCUUGCCAUUGCCGUUGGAGCCACCGAAGCUAUUGGUGGGUGA